GUUAGGAGGAGGAUUGUGUGUGUGCCCCCGUGGUAUGAUUUGUUUAGGCAAAAGGGCUUAUUCCCUUGUGGAUUCUAGUCAAGUAUCUACGUUUCUGAUUUCCAUUCUCCUCAUAGUUUAUGGCAGCUUCAGGUCUCUUAAUAUGGACUUUGAGAAUCAAGACAAAGAAAAGGACCCCAGCAACUCAACUGGGCCUUUCAACAGCAACAGCACAAACAACAGUAUCCAGACUAUUGACUCGACCCAGGCGCUGUUCCUUCCGAUCGGUGCUUCUGUGUCUCUCUUAGUCAUGUUCUUCUUCUUUGACUCCGUUCAGGUGGUCUUCACAAUAUGCACAGCAGUCCUUGCUACAAUAGCCUUUGCUUUCCUUCUGCUCCCGAUGUGCCAGUAUUUAACACGCCCCUGUUCCCCUCAAAACAAGAUUUCUUUCGGCUGCUGUGGACGCUUCACGGCCGCUGAGCUGCUCUCCUUCUCUCUGUCUGUCAUGCUUGUCCUGAUCUGGGUAUUAACAGGGCACUGGCUGCUCAUGGACGCCCUGGCCAUGGGCCUGUGCGUCGCCAUGAUCGCCUUCGUCCGGUUGCCGAGCCUGAAGGUUUCUUGCCUGCUGCUCUCGGGGCUGUUAAUUUAUGACGUCUUCUGGGUGUUCUUCUCGGCCUACAUCUUCAAUAGCAACGUCAUGGUGAAAGUGGCCACCCAGCCUGCGGACAACCCCCUCGACGUUCUGUCCCGGAAGCUUCACCUUGGACCAAACGUUGGUCGAGACGUCCCCCGCUUGUCCCUGCCCGGCAAACUUGUCUUUCCGAGUUCCACCGGCAGCCACUUCUCCAUGCUGGGAAUCGGAGACAUUGUGAUGCCAGGCCUCCUGCUCUGCUUCGUCCUGCGUUACGACAACUACAAGAAGCAAGCCAACAGCGAUUCCUGCGGGACGCCAGGGCAAGGCAACAUCUCCGGCCGCAUGCAGAAGGUCUCCUACUUUCACUGCACCCUCAUUGGAUACUUUGUAGGGCUCUUAACAGCAACGGUUGCUUCUCGCAUCCACCGGGCAGCCCAGCCGGCGUUGCUCUACCUGGUACCCUUCACCUUAUUGCCACUCCUCACAAUGGCCUAUUUAAAGGGCGAUCUGCGUCGCAUGUGGUCUGAACCCUUCCACUCCAAGCCCAGCAGCUCCCGUUUCUUAGAGGUAUGAUGGAACCCAGGGGGCAAAGUGACCGCAACGUCUGCCUGGUCCUUCUUCUGGAUCUCAGCUUGGUUGUCCGUCCCUGAGGCUGGGCUGGUACUCGGGAGAAUUUCCAGACGGUGGAAUAUGUUACAAAUGGAUUUUCUGUAUCACGAGGAGGAAAGAGCAAAGGAGUGUGUGAGGGGGAAGGCUUUUCUCCUUCCUUCCUUCCUUCCUCCCUUCCUUCUUCCUUCCCUACUUUGGAACUGGAGGCCGGUUUGCAAAGGCAGCCCACCUUCCCCUUCCUCUCCUCCUCCUCCUCCUCCUCCUCCUCUUUACGGACGAGUGCCAGACCAUCGGGCGUUCCCCAGGGGAGGAGGAGACAGACACAUUGAGGGCGCAAACGGCGCAGAGUCGUUGAAGAACUUGUGAACACGAUCUGCGUCAAGGUCUGCUGCACUCGGAGGUUCUCGGGGGGGAAAACCCUUCACGGACUGUGGAACCUGGGUUCUUAUUUUUCUCCUCUUGGACUCUGAUUUCAGAGAGAACCGAGACAGAAGUUCUUCUGUCACUAUAAUCUUUUUUCCCCUCCCUUUUGAAUUUAUUAAAUAUUUUCUGUGGUGUGAGGUGACUUAUUAAAUCCACAGACAUGGAGUAACUUCUCGCAGUACACCGUAUAAAAAGACUUUGUUGUAACGACGUACAUUUCCACCCAGAUGUCAUGUUGCAGGUGAAUAUAAAGGGCACGACUUUUCUACACGUACACACACACACCCGCACGCACACGCAGACACACAUGCACAUCUAGAAGAGUGUUCAUCCAAACACACACCCCUGUGUGCGUGUGUGAAUAACUGCGAAGGAAGAAAAGAAAAGAAAAAAACACCUGCUAGGAUCAUGCUUUUUAGCUGACAGGAGCUUGCUGUACUUCUUAGCAUGUAGAGCAGUUUACUAUGGCUUUCUUGUAUAUGGAUCUGCAAAAAUACGCUGCUGUCUUUCCCUCUCCCCCAUAAUCCCCCCCCCCAAUGAGUGAAGCUUCAGUUAAAAAAAAGUGUAGUAUUUUGUACUGAGUGUACUCCUGGAUUUUAGGGGAUUAUUUUAUUUUUAUUUUUAUUUUUUUCAAUCAGUGUAGCAAACGUUAGGGGGAGGGAGACUGCUGAAGCCCUUGGUUUCCUUUCCCCCUUUUUCGUUUGUGGGUUUGUUCUCUCCCCCCCACCCCCCCACAACUACUCCACUACAGGUUUUUAGUAGCUCCUUUCUUGGCCCUGUGCAUGUAUUAUAGCAGCCGUUGUCUUCGUGUGUUCUGAUCAUAGUAAUGUAUGACUUGUAAAUACAUUUUUUUCUAUUUUCUAUUUUUUGUAUUAUUUUUUUUGCAUUGUUUCAUUAGUGUGCUGUAUUUUCCCAUCCCCCUUUUCCCCCCAACGUUUAAAAAAAAGAAAAGGAAAAAAAGAGAGCGAGAGAUAGAAGGCAAGAGCAGGCGAGAACCCUUGUCCUCUGCUGUUGUGAUUGGUCAAAGUUUGUGAUGAACUGCUUUGUACCCAGAAGUCUCUUAAAACGUGGACUUUUCUAAACCA